CUACCAUGCAGAGUGACUGCUGUGGAAAGCGUGUUAAAUGUGUCUCUAAAGUUUGUUCUUUUCCUUUCUUUUCCUUAAAAAGAAAAGGUUAAAGCGGGGGGUCAUUUCACCAGAGGUCCCCUAACGUGUCGGUGGGGUCAGAGGCUGGGUCACGGGGGUGCUGUCCGCCCGGGCAGCAGGCCGGCCUCGGGUAUUGUUCCAUGUGGACUCGGUGGGCGGACUCUCCGUCCUGCUGCCUGUUGUUCGGCCGCUCGGCCAAUAGGAACCCGGCUCGCGCUCAGCCCCGGUCCAAUGAGAGCGGCGGGGCUCGGGCUCGCAUCGAGGGUUGGGUUGUUCAAUCUGCGAGGAGGACAACAAGCCGCAACGCCGAGCGCACCGGAUAGAUGGAUGCUGGCGACGGGAACCGCCGCUCCGCGAUCAGAUCAUCCCCAUGAAGUGAUCGAUCCCGCGAAGGCCCGCCGCGCACACGCUCCGGUCGGCCGUUCUCCGCGACAUUUCGGCUGAAGGCGGCAUGGCUGGUCACGCGAGCCGUUGCUGCUGAUCUCAGAGCUGCAGGUGAUGCUCCGCCCCAAACCGCGUCCCGCCCACCACUUCUCCAGUUGAAUGAGUUGCUGCUCGGCUGCAGGACGUGCGUCCCCCCGCUGAGGCCACAUGAGUAUCUGGAGAGAUGGAUCGCUGUAAGCACGUGGGACGCCUGCGCCUGGGUCAGGACCAUUCCAUCCUCAAUCCGCAGAAAUGGCACUGUGUGGAAUGCAGCACCACGGAUUCGGUGUGGGCCUGCCUCAAGUGCUCCCACGUGGCGUGCGGCCGCUUCAUGGAGGAGCACUCGCUCAAACACUUCCAGGAGUCGCAGCACCCGCUGGCCAUGGAGGUGCGGGAGCUGGACGUCUUCUGCUUCGCCUGCGGAGACUACGUCCUCAAUGACAACGCAGAGGGGGACCUCAAGCUCCUCCGGGGGGCGCUGUCCACGGUCCGGACCCCGGGCCGGCGCUCGCUGCGCUCCUCGACGGGCGGGGACUGCGGGCCCCAGCCGGCCAUGCAGCUGGCCCUGCGCCACCGGAGGAAGGCGCUCCUCGGAAGGAUGCUCCAGACGUGGAUCGGCAAACACCAGGACCUCCAGAGCCGGCGCCGGGAGAAGCUGGAGGAGGCCAGGAGGCAGAAGAAGGAGGUGAAACGCAGGCUGAUGGAGGAGCUCGGCAGCACUCCUCCCAGAAAGAGCGCCCGGCUUCUCACUCAGGGGCCCCGCUCCACCAUCACGCUCAUUCCUCGCAAGUUCCGCGACCCCCCAGAACGCCUACCUCCUCCUCCUCCUAGGAAGCCCUCGCUCCUCGCCGUGUCCCGCAAGGCUCCUCAGAACGGCAGAGCAGCCAAGCUGAGGAGAUAUUACUCCACGCACGCGGCGAGCCGGCGGAGGAUCGCGCCGGGCGUCACCGGCCUGCGUAACCUGGGGAACACGUGCUACAUGAACUCGAUAUUGCAGGUGCUGAGUCACCUGCAGAAAUUCAGGGAGUGCUUUCUCACUUUGGACCUGUGCGAGACCGAGGAGCUGCUGGCCAAGACCAACCACUCCCCGCCGGUCAGGGGGGUGGCGGGGGCCGUAGUCGGGAACACGCCGCUGUCGGAACGCCCUCUAGGGGUGAUGGAUACGACGGGCUGCUGGAAUGUACCGAUCGGGAAGACGGAGAGCGCCCCGCCCCCCUCCAAGUCCGCAGAGCUGGUCCAGCCCAAGGAGCCGCGCUGCUCCACCCGCCAGAAGAUGUCCCUGUGCCACGAGCUGCACACGCUUUUCAGGGUCAUGUGGUCGGGGCGCUGGUCGCUGGUGUCUCCCUUCGCCAUGCUGCACUCUGUGUGGAACCUCAUCCCGGCGUUCCGGGGUUACGACCAGCAGGACGCCCAGGAGUUCCUGUGCGAGCUGCUGGACAAGGUGCAGCAGGAGCUGGACACGGAGGGGUCCAAGCGCCGCAUCGUCAUCCCCAUCACCAAGAGGAAGCUGUCCAAGCAGGUGCUCAAGGUGCUCAACACCAUCUUUCACGGGCAGCUGCUGAGCCAGGUGACUUGUCUGUCCUGUAAGCACAAGUCCAACACGGUGGAGCCGUUCUGGGAUCUGUCCUUGGAAUUCCCGGAGCGCUACCACAGCGCAGACAAAGGCUCCGCCUCCACCGCCUUCCACCGCAGCUGCACGCUCACGGAGAUGCUGUCCAAGUUCACGGAGAUGGAGGCUUUGGAGGGACGCAUCUACGCCUGUAACCACUGCAACAGACGGAGAAGGAAAUCCUCCCACAAACCCUUAGUUCUGUCAGAAGCCCGUAAGCAGCUUCUGAUCUACCGUUUACCUCAGGUUCUACGGCUGCACCUUAAACGCUUUCGAUGGUCUGGGCGGAACCACAGGGAGAAAAUCGGCGUCCACGUGGCCUUCGACCAGGUUCUGAACAUCAAACCGUACUGCUGCACAGACUCAGGUCACUCUGUCCACAGGGGGGGCUACGUCUACGACCUGUCCGCUGUGGUCAUGCAUCACGGCAAAGGCUUCGGCUCAGGGCACUACACCGCAUACUGCUUCAACACCGAGGGGGGGUUCUGGGUCCACUGCAACGACUCGGAGAUGAGGGUCUGCAGCGUGGAGGAAGUGUGCAACACUCAGGCCUACAUUCUCUUCUACACGCAGAGGUCUGCCUAGGUGCCUCUGGCUGCCACGCCCACCGGCGGCUGCUGUCGUCAACGUACAAACGCUUUGUUCUCAGAAGCCACCAGUCAGGAACUUUACAGCAGCAGAACCCUCCACGGUUACAGCUGUGUCCCUUUUUCAUCUUUAUAUGUCGGGAAACUUGAACAGAAGCUGAAGCUGAAGCCUUCAGGUCUCAGGUGUUUAGCCUGAAGACCCCAGGGGCGGGUUCUGACCCGUACAGCAUUGACAGCAUUUGGUUCUGGAUUUAAUGCUCCAAACGUUAGAGAGGUACUUGGUUCCACAGGGAAUCUCUUAAUUGAUCCAAAUGAUGAGGCCUCCUGAUUGGCUGUGCAGAAAUGUCAUGAGCGGGAGCGGUUGUUCCUCUUCCUCGUAUCGAUGGUUCUCUCCUUUGACUGUAGAUGAGAACUGGACUGAGUGAGUGUGAUGCGUGUACUUCCGGCUCCAACCAAAAAGCCAAUUCAGUCGCCAUUAUUUUAUAAGAAGGCUGCCAUGUUGGAACCAGACAUCAGUCAGCAGUGAUUGG